AGCCUCCCCGGCCCCCCACAUCCUCCGCUAAAACCCUGCCAUCCUUCACCCUCCUCCUCCUCUCCUGCCGGCUGGUGAAGGCGUCAGACCUCCUCUUCUCUUCCUCUCCUCCCCUCCAUCUCGCGGAUUCUCUCAAACUGCGCCCAGACGCGCGCACCCUACUACACACACACACACGCGCGCGCGUGGAGGACAGAGGCAUCGGGAGAGGAGAGGACGGGAGCUGCAGAUUUUGGAUAUUUAGGCGCGAUCUGAAGAAGUGGCAGAGUUUUCUUGUUGCUUACCAAGCCGACAGUUUUUUAUGUUUUUGUUUUUUGAAGUAGACUUUUUGAAGCCUUGUGAGUUCUGGAGACUCUGGUGGUCUGUUUGAACUUUGGAGACACAGAAAGUGAUGAAGACAGGGACACUCGGGCUUUCUCAGCUCCCACCGUCCCGCUCGGAUAGGCGGAGGAGCGCAAAGCAGCCCACAGCGGAGCGGGGGGAGCAGCUUCAUCCAUCGGUGGCUGCUUGAAGAAAAGAGCUGAGUUUUUAUUUGUUUAUUUAUUUUAUUUUAUUUUUUGCCCCCCUUUUUUGGAGGAAAGCGGAUUAAAGUAUAGAGCCUGCACAGGAAUUACCCAGUGGAGGGGAGGUUUCUUCUUUAUUACUGACUCGUGGGGGAUUUAUAGUUGACUCCAAACCUCAUCUGCGCGCUGUUUGAGGGGUCAAGCACAGCUGGAGCGCAGUUUGUUCAAAAUGAGAUUAUUGAUUUCACCAUAGUGAUAACAAUCUGACUGUGGGGAAAGGAGAGCGAUAAAUAAACACAGCCAAGAGCCCCCCUAUUUGUGCGUUUUGAAACCAGUCCUAUUUGGGGUUUUUUGGCCAACAGGAGGUAUGGAGACGGUCGGAGGAGGGACCGGCGCGCGGGUUGGAUGCUGCCUCUUGGAGACAGUUUUCCUUCUUGUCCUGUGGAAAGUGUCUGACAGCCCAGCCGGAGCAGCAGGGAGUGGACCUGGUGGAGGGUCGGACUCUUCCCAGCCUCGUUUCUCCUCCUCCCUCCCUACCUAUCUCCCAGUCCAGUGCCAGCUAAGCGGGGCCGACUCCGCCUUCUUCCUGCGGGAAGCUAAUCAGGAGGUCAUGCGAAAUGGCAGCCUGUCAUCGCGGAUGGAGCCUUUCUUCCUUCACCAGCUGGAGCCGGGCAUCGCCGCUCCGCAGGCCCUGCCCAGUGUCAAUUGCAGCUACGGAAAUCUGAGCAUUGAGCAGCCGAUCCCCGUGGAGCUCCUUCAGGGUCCUCAGCCACAUCUGCUGAUCUCAACCAACCAGGUGACGCUGAACUGGAGGGUCAAAGGUCAAGUGGUGGUGCCGAAAGUGGGAUCAACAAAACCGUGGAUCCAGGUUCUGUUUUAUCUGAUCGGGCGACGCUGGGAUGAGCCUGACCCUCCUCUGCCAUCUCUUCUGCCGUGCAUCAGAGCMUUGGCCAUCCGUGACAUGGGUGAAGCAGCGCCUUCAGCAGGCUGCCGUCUCACGGGACCAUCUGGCAUCUGUGUCGUCCGUCUGGAGAUCCCACCGGCUUGGUUUACGCCAUCACACGCGAGAAGACGACUCCCUGAUGUGACUCUACCACCAGUGGAAGUCUAUUACUCGAUCAUCCCGAUGGAGGGAGGAGGCCAAGAGUGUCCCUCCGUUGUUAACGAGCCGUGGAAAGCGCCGAGUGCGAACGUUGGGCCUCUUGGYGGCCUCGGCAUGGGUCUUGGAGGACAGUGGAGCCCCUUAGAGGACGGAGGCCUUCAGGACAUGCUGAAAGCUGGUUCUGUGGAGAUGAGCAUGGGCYCAGUUUCUGCCAAAGGAGAAAAAUUGCAGUUGGAUGAAAUUGUAGARGUUCUUGUGCCACCCAGUCCAGUUCGGCUUGGCAAGACCGUGGCGUUUGGCAUCUACAUGAGGACAAAAUCGAACGUGGAACAGUUUACUUUGAGGGUGUGGUUCCAGUCAGGCAUCAACUUCCUGGCUGUGAAACCCAGCAACCUUGUCGCGUGGGAGAUCAAACARGAAAUGGCACCGGGAAGCAGUUCCUUGGCAGUGAUUUGUCAGAGAAAGGCCUCCUCCACAGCAGAAAGAAUGGAUAGUCCCACAUAUGAGGUGAUGCAGCUGGACUUUGAGGUGGACAAUGUGAUUAACCUGGUGCCAACCCAAACUCUACACUGGACAGUGGAAUACCCAACGAGUGACCAGACAUCUUUACAAGCGGAGAAGGUGUCGCACCUCUACAUCAGCAAUGCUGACAUCCAGGGCAUCGUACCACUGGC